AUGCAGUGGUUCUUCAUCCCCGCCAUCCUUAUAAUCACUUAUACGCAACAGCUUUCUUGUAGGAUUGAAGGCAACAGGCAGCAGCCGGGAAAGCCUGGAGGAAAAGCCACAGCGAGCAGUGAGCUUCGUCCACGCAAAGAGUUAUGUCAUUGGCCCUGCAGAUGCCCACGUGCGCCCACAUGCAGCCCUGGGGUGAGCCUGGUGAAAGAUGGCUGUGGAUGCUGCAAGAUGUGCGCCAAGCAGUCAGGGCAAGUCUGUAAUGAAGCAGAGGUCUGCGACCCUCACAAAGGGCUCUACUGUGACUACUCUGCAGACAAGCCUAGGUAUGAAAGAGGACUGUGUGCAUAUAUGAUAGCAGUAGGCUGUGAGCUCAAUGGUAUGCACUAUAUCAAUGGCCAAGCCUUCCAGACCACUCCUCUUUAUAAGUGCUUGUGUGUGAACGGUGCAAUUGGAUGUACACCAGUAUUCAUCUCAAAGUCAGCACCUAAUGAAUGCGCCACACUAGAGAGCAGAAAGAAAUCUGAAAACUCCAAUUGUGUUUCAGGACAGCAAAAGGAGCAGCAAUCAACAGGUUACAGAUUAAUGUCAGCUUUCAGAAGUGUACCACUAGUUUUGAAAAAGAAAUGUCUGGUACAAGCAACUCCAUGGACGCCUUGUUCCCAAACCUGUGGCAUUGGUAUAUCUGACAGAGUGAGCAAUGAAAACAGUAAAUGUGAAAUGAGGAAGGAAAAGAGACUAUGCUUUAUUCAACCAUGCCAAGCAAAAUUUCCAAAGCCAUUGAAGAUCCCUAAAGGAAAAAUGUGUCAGCCUACAUUUCAGCUUGCCAAAGCAGAGAAGCUAGUUUUUUCUGGAUGCACAAGUAGACAAACAUACAAACUUACCUUUUGUGGAAUCUGCCUUGACAAGAGAUGUUGCAUACCUAACAAGUCUACAAUGAUUACAGUACAGUUUGACUGUCCUAAGGAAGGCACCUUUAAGUGGAAGAUGAUGUGGAUUACAUCUUGUGUUUGUCAGAAGACAUGCAAUAAUCCCAGAGAUAUAUUUUCUGAACUCAAGCUUUUAUAGACAAUGUAAAUGGCAUUAUGGGAGAGGUGAUCAAUGACAGCACUGGCUAGUAGCAGUGG